AUGUCAUCGCGGGAAGUGUUUCCGGGUGGUGAUAGGGUUUCUGGAAUUAUUUACAUGGCGUAUGCAUAGACAAAACAAACAUAAAAUUCCUGUGGUUGCUGCUGUUGUUUAGAGGAAUCUGAAACAAAAAAAAACAAAUACUUUCGACAGUUAGGAUGCGAAAUGACCUGCUUCCCCGUAAGGUCCGCCGCCCUGCGUGAAUAAAUCUUCGCCGGGUCGUUGUUUUCUUCCAGUCAUGUUCAUGUUUUUAUUCCUUCGGAAGCUUCGUUAGUCCCGCGGCCGCCACUUGUCGCCAUGGAAGAUUUCUCUCCCCUUUCAUUAACCGAUAUAUGCUUAGAUUUCUUGAGGCUGAACUUGAAUAAAUUUUGUUGGGAGAGGACAGAUGGCUCAUUCUGUCUCAAGGAAGCGGUGGUGUUUCCGCAAGAACUGGCAGAUCGUCUGCUUCAGAAAAUGUCCUUGAAUGGUGUGCUUAAUGAAAAGACUGUGGGAAUUUUCCGUAGGAAUGACCUGCUGCGCUUGAAACGUGCUUGUAUUCGAAAUGCUAAACUAUCAGCAGUUGCAUUCAGAAAAGCGUUCUGCCAUCACAAGCUUAUUGAUCUGGAUGCUUCUGGUGUAAAUGCAGACAUCACGAUAACCGACAUCGUAAAUGCACUAGUCACAAACAAAUGGAAUCAACAGUACCUGCAGUGUCUUAUGUUGAAUUCAUUAACGUUGUCUCUGGAAGACCCUUAUGAGCGAUGUUUCAGCCAGUUAACUGGCCUGCGUGUUUUAAGUGUUACCAACGUUCUCUUCUAUAAUGAUGAUCUCAGAGAUGUUGCCUCUCUUCCAAGGUUAGAAAGUUUAGACAUUUCAAAUACUUCUGUCACGGACAUCACACCACUUCUGACCUGUAAGGACAGGCUAAAAUCCUUGACCAUGCACCACCUCAAAUGCCUGAAGAUGACAACUACGCAGAUUUUGGAAAUCAUUAAGGAACUGGCACUCCUGCAACAUCUAGACAUUUCUGACGAUAAGCAGUUUACUUCGGACAUUGCACUUCGUUUACUAGAACUGCCCAACAUUCUACCUAAUCUCCGAUCCUUGGAUAUUUCAGGCAGGAAACACAUCACCGAUAAAGCCGUUCAGGCGUUCGUACAGCAUCGGCCUACAAUGCAAUUCAUGGGCUUGCUUGCUACUGAUGCCGGCUAUUCUGACUUCCUUUCUGGAGAAGGGAGCUUAAAGGUUUCAGGUGAAGCAAAUGAAAUACAGAUUUCUGAAGCUCUUCGUCGAUACAGUGAAAGGGCCUUUUUUGUAAGAGAAGCGUUAUUUCAUCUUUUCAGUCUGACUCACAGUAUGGAAAAACCACAGCCUGAACUACUGAAGCUUGUGGUCAUGGGAAUGAAAAACCAUUCCACAAACCUGCCAGUUCAGCUCGCUGCUAGUGCAUGUGUAUUCAAUUUGACAAAGCAGGAUUUAGCAGGUGGAAUGCCUGUGCGCCUUUUGACAGAAGUGACUCGUCUCUUACUGAAAGCCAUGGAACACUUUCCCAACCAUCAACAGCUUCAGAAGAAUUGUCUGUUGUCCCUCUGCAGUGACCGUAUCCUCCAAGAUGUCCCAUUUAACAGGUGA